CGUGCCGGGAAGGAGAGAGGCCGUGGCGCGGUGCGGCAUGGCGGUCCCCGGGGCUCUGCUCCGCCAGUGCCCGCUGCUGCUGCCGCAGAACCGCCACGGGACGGCCUACGAGGGCUUCCUCACGGCGCAGGGUAGAGACUUCCAUAUCAGAAUCCUGUUACCAAYGGAUUGUCAACUGAAAAAUGCAAGGAUAGAGUGUAGCUGGCACCUAAAGAAGAUACUGCAUGGAUAUCAGCAUAUUGUAAAGCAGAGGCUGCACAACUCUCCAGAUCUUGUCAGUUUUUUGGUGGAGCUGAAAACUAUUAUGGAAAUUGCCCUAAAGAAUACACCAGAGCUGCACAUAACAAGGCCACCAGAAUACUACUCUUGUCUUGUCAGAGAUAUAGAAAUACUGGGUUGGAAUAAAGUUGCCUAUGUGGAUAGCGGUCUUAGCACGGUAAAGAUAAAAGCUGAAGACUCGUGUGGUCGACAACAUCUAAUCACACUGAAGCUAAAUGCAAAGUAUCCUACAGACCCACCAGAUUGCCUUGUGGAUUUUCCUGUUCAGUUUGCUGUUUCUUGGAUGCCCCAGAACUCCUUAAUAGACAUUUAUAACCAGUUCCUGGCAGCAUUAGAAUCACUGAAAGAGUUCUGGGAUGCCAUGGAUGAGAUCGAUGGGAACACAUGGGUACUUGAGCCAGAAAAUCCCCCACGGAGCGCCACAACCAGGAGGAUUGCAAUAGGCAGCAACGUGUCRGUGAACGUAGAGGUGGAUCCGAGGCAUCCCACCAUGCUGCCCGAGUGCUACUUUCUUGGCGCAGAUCACGUGGUUAAUCCUUUGAGAAUUAAACUGAACAACAACAUGCACUUGUGGGAUCCAGAAAUCAGCCUAUUACAAAACUUGAAAGACAUCUUAGAAAUUGAUUUUCCAUCUCGUGCUGUGUUAGAAAAAAGUGAUUUUACGAAGGAGUGUGGGAUCUGCUACGCCUUCCGGCUGGAUGGCGCCACCCCGGAUCACGUGUGUGACGAGCCGCGCUGCGGGCAGCCCUUCCACCAGGCCUGCCUCGCCGAGUGGCUGCAAGGUCUUCCUUCCAGCAGACAGAGUUUUAAUGUCAUCUUUGGUGAAUGUCCAUACUGUAAUAAGACUUCCCUCUGUUCAACACCCUAUAUUCCAACUGGAGCUUGAAGGAAACACACCUUGGUUGCAUGGCUGUACUCAACCUAAAUGUAUAGGAAUAUGAUACUUUGCAAUAAAAUAGAAAACAAUCUGGUAUUUAAA